AUGAUCACGAACAAUGAUACAAAAAGAGCUCGAUUCGACAUGGCUUUUUAUCAAAGGCUUGUUCCCACAACGAUACAUACUUAUAGUGUGGUAGUGAUCAAGCUUUUUAUCCGCGUUAAGAUGUCUCGAAGGUACGACAGCCGAACAACCAUCUUCUCCCCGGAAGGCCGCCUCUACCAAGUGGAAUACGCGAUGGAAGCCAUCGGAAACGCAGGGUCCGCCAUCGGAAUCCUGUCAAAAGACGGUGUUGUCCUCGUGGGAGAAAAAAAAGUAACCUCAAAACUCCUCCAAACCUCCACCUCCACCGAGAAAAUGUACAAAAUCGACGACCACGUUGCCUGUGCAGUCGCCGGAAUAAUGUCGGACGCCAACAUCCUCAUCAACACCGCCCGUGUUGCCGCCCAACGCUACACCUUCUCCUACCAAACCCCAAUGCCAGUCGAACAGCUCGUCCAAUCACUAUGCGACACCAAACAAGGCUACACUCAAUUUGGCGGCCUCCGCCCUUUCGGGGUGUCGUUUCUGUUCGCAGGGUGGGAUAAGAACUACGGGUUUCAGCUUUACAUGAGUGACCCUAGCGGGAAUUAUGGCGGUUGGAAGGCGGCGGCGGUUGGGGCGAAUAAUCAGGCGGCUCAGUCCAUGUUGAAGCAGGAUUAUAAGGAGGAGAUAAGUCGGGAGGAGGCGGUGCAGCUGGCGCUUAAGGUGUUGAGUAAGACGAUGGAUAGUACGAGUUUGACGGCUGAGAAGUUGGAGCUGGCGGAGGUGUUUUUGGAUGAUGGUGGGAAGGUGAAGUAUCAGGUUUGUUCGCCGGAAAAUCUUGGGAAGAUGUUGGUUAAGUAUGGUGUCACUCAAGCUCCGGUGGAUACCUAAAGUGUGAGCCACGUGGCAUUGAGAUUCUGUUCUUUGGUUGUAGACUUGUUUUGGAUUUAUUUAAUUAAGUUGGAUGUUUGGUGAUAAAACUUAUGAUAAGAUGUUAAUUUGAUGUUGAAACGAAAAAAAUUUAUGAUUUGAUGUUUUUAUCGGUUUAAUUAUUUUGUUAGUUAUGUGGUG